AUGGCAGAAACCGCAAUAACCGAUAGUGAACAUAUUGUUCUGAGUGAUGGAGAAGAAGAAGAGUCUGGAAUACAACUGGGUGUAUCAGUAGGAGAAAACGGCGGCGAUGAUGAUGAUGUCCAGAUGAUAAGUGUGAGCACAGCAGGACAAAUAUCUACCGCUGCCGAAGAUGUAAAUCACUUGGUCUAUCAGAGCGCUCCUAGUGAAAAUGCUCCUCAUCAGCAAAGACACCACCAUGCCUGUAGAAUCCAUAGAGUACGAAGAAUUAGGAGGGUCUCUCGUAUCGAUGAUGAUGAUGUUCAAAUUACUGGUAUUUUUUCAAGGCCUCCUAGACAUCAAAGUGCCUCAAAUCCGACUAUGUCCACGGAAGAGGCACGCAGAGAACGACAGAGACGUGAGUUACAUCUUCACGAAGAGAGACAAAGAUAUUUAGAGUCUAUUAGAGUAAGAAGAGAACGAGAGUUUCUAAGAUUUCGGCGAAUGGCUGCAAGAUAUCGAGCUAGGCAAGAAAGCGCAAGAUUAAGAGAUGAAGCAAGUUGGGAAGGACCAUCUCAACACAGACGGCUCAUGCCGUUUCGUGAUUACAUGCUCUUUGGAAAUGAGCCCGAUAUUGAGUUUGGUCCAGAUGGGCAGAUGAUUAAUGCAUACGCUGAUCCUAAUGGUGGAAAUAGUUUAUGGAGUAAUGACGGUCGGGAAAUUGGCUAUUUCACCCCUUAUUAUAUGAACAGGGGUGCAAGAAGAAAUAUGGAAACGCUAAUUAACCGUCCAUAUGGUGCCCUCAGCAACGAGGAGGAAAGACUGUUCCAGGCAGUACUUCAACGUAGUAUUGAAGACACUGGUGAAGUGUCACAUAGGCCAACUGUCGAUCAACUUAGGAAGCCAGAGAUUCCUAAAAGCGCCCGACCAGGAUAUUCAAGGGCGGUUGAGCCAGAGCUAGAUGUGGUAUGUGCUCGUUGUGAGACUGAAUUGGGUGUAGGACUCACGAGUGACAUGAAGUUGGACAAGGGGAAAGAACAGGAGACUUCACAAGAAGCUUCCGAUCUGGUCAUUACCGAAGCCGACAGGCUCCUAUCGAAGAGAGUAUUCUUUGCCCGUUGCGGUCAUGUCUAUUGUGGUCGUUGCGUCAAUGCCACUGUAAACAGAAGAAACAACAAGAAGCGCAAAGGCAAAAAGGGUCCAGACCCUACACGGAAAUGUAGUGUACCUGAUUGUGGCCAGUCAUUUUCUAGAGUGAAAAAGCCUUUCAGUGAGAUUUACUACUAA